UUGCAUUCCGACUAGUAAUAUUUACCCGAAAUUUAGCUUCUGAAGUUAUUGUACAUAGAUCGUAAAUAGCGGCACCGUUGUUUAAUUAAGGCGACAUCUAUGUAAAGUUGAAGCUUCAGAUUUGAUGAAACUGGCUGAAAUUGAAAUGGAAAUUGCAGCGUAAAGAGGAAGAGGAGGAGAGUCGCAAUCUAAGAACGAAGUAGUGUGAUGAGUCGGCGAGGAGCCGGCCAAACUGUCGGGCUAAGCUGCAGCGCUGGUAACAACGUAGUGGCACGUCAUUCGGCUAACGAGGUCGUACGACGGGCAGAUGACAUCCCCAGCAGUUGCUGUAAGGCGGUAGCGUGUGCCCAGAUACUUCAACAAUGCCAAAGUUCAAAAUGAAGCUUGGGCAAACAGCAGCAGCAACUGCACUUCCAGCGAUCACGACCGAUUGCACCACAUUGCCCGGCCGAGUCACUAGCAAGUUGUUUCGACAUACCUCCUAACCACUUCACUCUCAAAUCAGACAAUCCAUUGCUGCUCGUUCAUCUCUUUAUUCAACAACGGCUCAACAACAUGUCUGGAGCGAGUCUACGUGCUGCUGACACAAGUCCCACGCGUCAGCCAAGGCAAAACAGAACCUACAGUCUGGGACUGCCGGCUCGGACGUCCUUUUUUUCCGAAUCACUGCUUGCCGACGGUGGCCUUGCGCCGCCUCCCCUGCCAAGAAGAAAUUCUGCUGCGCCGGCGGUGGUGAAACCACCGAUUCCAAAGCGGAGCAGGUACGAGAGGCCCAUCCCUGUGUGCGUGGCUGGCAGUCAGGCCCAAGAGCCGUCGUCGAAGCAGCCGAGCCGGAAGCCGCCGCAGCAACAGAGCAACAGCGAGGCGGGUGCUCGGCGAGCCUGGCAACAGGAGAUUAUGGGCUCGGCGUUCGCGGACUUCGAGGCGAACGAGGCGGCGUUCGCUACCCAGCAGCCGGCGCUCCGCGACCGUGACAGCGCUGCCCUCGACCAGGCCUCGCGCGACCUCGGCAAGAGCCUGCAGAAGGUCACCAGCCAGGCCGCCAAAUCCUCCAGUCCCGGGCGCAGCAGAAAACACCUGCAGCCGACAUUGAGAGUCAAUAGAUUGUCGAGGAGUGGCCAGCAGCGAUCUCCGUCGCGCAGGUGCCAACAGUUACAGCAGCAGCCAAGAUCAACCGAAGACGAAGAUGACGAGGACGACGAAGACUUGCCAAUCAGUCAAUCGAGCAAUAAGUUCGCCGAGAUGCAAGCGGCUUCCAGGCGACUCGAAAGGCAAUUGCCGGAACUCGAUCACCGUUUUCACGAGACUGUCCUGUCACGCCAAGAGACUCAGGGUUCGAGCAAGCGUGAAAGUAGUAACACGGAAAAGCUGGAGAAGCUUCCGAAAGCGACGCAGACGAAUCUGCCGCCGCCGCUGAGUUCCAUUUGUCAAAGUUCGAUACCAAACAAACCCGUCAAUUCACGGCAGGACAGCAACGUCUCUUCCGACAGUUUCAGCCAGACAAGCUCACCAAGUUACACCAGCAAGACAAUGGAGGCUCCUCUGCUUCCCCAUAAGCACUCUUCUAAUGGCAAAGUUCCAGGUAGAGCGCUGGCGCCUGAUCCCGAAAAUCCACCGGGAAGUCCAAUCACUAAGUCCAUGAGCACGCCUGCGAGCCUGCAGACCAUCGUCAGGUGUCCAAACGGAAGCAACAUGUCGUUACAUCAUCGAAUCAUGAGGCGACCGAGCAGUCACUACGUGACUAGAGGAAGGCUCCGUUUUCGAUUUGCUCAGGUUUUGGUCAAUGUUGUUGCACUGAUGGCUAUAGCUGGCGGUUUAGCAGCCUACUUUAAAUCUUACCCGGAAACAACAAUCAAAGUUACCAAUGACGAAAAAAUAGCAGAAACAGGCAACGAAGUGGCCGUUUUAUCCGAGCCAAUUUUACUAAUUGCCGAGACGAAAAAUCCAGCUCCCGGUAUUUGUUUACCAGUUAUCGUCGAUUUUUGUCGAUAUCAUAAGAUCCCCUACAACUACACCGUGUUUCCGAAUUACAUGGGAAAUUUCCAGCAGCGCGACGCCCAGCAUGAGCUCGAGCUCUACGACUCUGUUAUCGAUGUUCGCUGCUACGAACUGGCGGCUCUAUUCCUAUGCAGCGUUUUCGUGCCCAAGUGUGGACCCAAAAAUGGACAGGCUGUUCGGCCCUGCAGAAAUCUUUGUCUUGAAACCAAAAGACGAUGUGGCUUCUUUUUAGAAGUUUUCAAUUUGGGUCUUCCUGACUAUCUGGAAUGUAAAAUGUUCCCUGAAAGUCCAGAUCCAAAUCUAUGCGUUGGACACCAAGAAGUUAUCGAUGCGGAAAAGCGGGCUGCAAAACCAGUGUGCCCGAACGGAUUCCAAUGCGACGAGAAGCGCUGCAUACCGUUGGACUGGCGUUGCGACGGCCACGUAGAUUGCGAGGACCAUACGGACGAGAUCGACUGCGGCGAGUGCAAAGACAGCGAGCGCGCGGGUCUAGUGGCCAUCAGCAGCAAGAAGAGUGCCGGUCCGAGCGUGAAAAACUUGCUCGCUCAAGCCUCACUGCACUGCGGGGAACGCAGGUGCAUGUCCGCCAACCAUAUCUGCGACGGCAAGUUCGACUGUCCCUGGGCUCAGGAUGAGCGUAACUGCCUUCGACUGAGCGAAAGGAACGGAGACGUAGGCAAAGGUCGCCUCGAAGUUUACCAUGCGGAGAGAGGAAAGUACAUCGCCGCGUGUGUCAAAUACUGGACGCGAAACACGGCUAAAGAUAUUUGCAAAGUUCUCGGCUACAAAUCGACGAAUACUUGGAAUUUAUUAAAGUCAGAGAGUAAUCAGACGGUUGUCAAGCCUGUUCAGGAAAUGUCAGCUCAGUGGCGUUUAGCUCCGAAAUCCGAAGGCAAUCUGCUGCAAGACUUGAAAGAGUGUUCCAAUCAGAGGGAUUAUACGACUAUUGAUUUAGUUUGCACGGGAUACGAAUGCGGCCGUAGAUCGCAAAAUAACAACGCAAAAGCUCGCACACGGAUAAUUGGUGGAUCGCAGUCAUCCCCGGGAGAUUGGCCCUUUCUCGCAGCUAUACUCGGCGGUCCCGAGCAGAUUUUUUACUGCGCUGGCGUACUCAUCGCGGAUCAGUGGGUUCUCACGGCUUCUCACUGCGUGGGCAAUCGCUCUGAGGUCUCGGGAUGGACGAUUCAAUUAGGCAUAACGCGGAGGAACUCCCAUACUUAUUUAGGAAAGAAGCUCAGAGUGAAAAGAGUCGUGCCGCACCCUAAUUAUAAUCUCGGAGCCGCUCAUGAUAACGACGUUGCGCUCUUUCAGCUGGAGCACCGAGUUGAAUUUCACGAGCAUUUACGGCCGGUUUGUCUGCCGCCGGCUAAUAUCGAUCUGAAGCCCGCAACAGAAUGCACGGUUAUUGGUUGGGGCAAAAAGGAGGACACUGAAACGUCGGAAUAUGAGCCAGCUGUAAACGAGGUUAAGGUGCCUGUGCUCAGUCGAGAAGUUUGCAAUUCAUGGCUACUUCACAAAGAAUUGAAUGUCACCGACGGCAUGAUUUGUGCCGGCUAUCCCGAGGGUGGUAAAGAUGCGUGUCAGGGAGACUCUGGUGGGCCUCUACUCUGUCAAGAUGAAAAUGACAAAGAUCGAUGGAUCGUCGGUGGCAUCGUCAGUUGGGGCAUCAAGUGCGCUCAUCCAAGGUUGCCCGGCGUCUACGCCUACGUGCCAAAGUACGUGCCAUGGAUCUUGAAGGAGAUCGAGGAACAUUCUACAAACGAUUAUGGCUAGCACCAUGUCAGCCAAAUCACCAAAAAGGUCUAUUUUGGUAAGCACAAAGAUUUCUGGGUGAGAUCCAGUGAAAAAGGCCGAAAAUAAUUUUUGAAAAGAUGCCGCAAGCUCCAAAACAAAUCGUAGUCAUCGCAGAGUUGAUAUUUUCCUACUGAUGAUCGAAAGUAUUUUUAUACGAAUCAGACAAAUUAUUACAGAAGUGACACAAACCAGGGCAACCAUUUUCUCAACGAAUUGAAAAUUCGCUUGAUGAGUAUUUUUCGAUUUCGACAGCGACAAUAGUAAAGCUCGCUAUUGAGAGUUGCUAAAUGAUGACAAUAAAAUCAACCAACGACAAGUUACACGAAAAGGGAAUACCGAGCAGAAGUUUAUUUCGCGAGCAAUUUCAAACAUAUAUUCUCUGGCGAUAGAACAUAUAUAGACGUAUACGCGUAUCGAUGUUAUUCUAUGUCGUAAUUGACGUCGUUCUACGACAAUAAUCUAUUUGCUACGGAUCGGCACCAUGAUGAUAAUUUAGUGAUAAGGGGUCAGUGAUUCAUUCGAUGAAAUAAAUAGAAACAUAUAGUGAAUGCACGGAUUGAGUACGGAAACAUGUAGGGAUUUACAGUUAUUACUGUAAUAUUUCAACUACCCGAAGACAACAAAAAAGACAAGACAGUACGGAAUGAAUUCAAAAUAAUGCAUAAAAUGCAUUACCUCUGUUUUUACAUCUAUAUAAACAAUAGUUCUGAUAAUAUGUCAUACUAUCAAAGCGAUAUUUCAUUUCAAGCUAAAAAAAAUAAUUAUUUUAUAAACAAACCUGUAAUUUUCUACGUGUUUCUAUGCAAACGUAUUUUCUUGAAAAUAAAGAAAAAGCUCGUAAAAGGUCUUAUCCUAUUUAAAUAUAUAGCAAAGUUCAGAUAUAUGAUUGUCCGAGGCAGUAAUUUAUAGGGAAUUGAUUACACUUUUGGUAUCUAUACAGAAUAUAUGAUAAAUGUAUCAAAUACUUACAAAUAUAAACGGAUUUUCAAUAAAAAUAAAAAAAUUAAAUAAAUAAACACGCAUCAGAUGCGAUUUAAAAAUUUUUUCUACAUCCUACAUUUUGACGAUAAUAAUUAACCGCAAUGUACCACCAAGUGGUUUCAUAUAUCUUUUAUUAAUAAUCAAUUUUUCAACGUUUAAAAUUAUUUACUUGAAAAAGAAACGCUUCAAAUGAACUUUGAUUUUUCACGUACUUAACAGAAAAAAUCAAGCGUUCACGCGUUGAAAUUUGACAAUGAUUGACAAAUAACUUGCAAUGCAUAAAAUGCAUGUUUUUUCGUGAUCGAAUAGUAGAUAUUUUUUGAAAUACCACAAACAGUUCUAAUAAAAUCAAGCGCGUUCAGAAAAUAUUACAUUAUCAUAAAUAAUGACAUAAGAUGAGUGUUCUAGCAUUAAUAAUUAUAUAGCAGUUAGAAUAUUAAAAUAUACAAUAUAAAAUAAAAAUGAUGGUUUUAGAAUAAUAAUACUGUAGAGUUUUAAUGCUCAGAGAAAAAAGUUGACCAUUUGAAAAUGUACUUAUAAAAAUAAUAAAAAAUUAUAUAUUGAUAUAAAUCAUUAGGUUUUUUAUAUAUGAGAAUCAAGAAAUGUUAGUCAGAGAAAUUUGUGUAGUUUGGAAAGGAAUAUACACAUAAUUUGAUAACUAUUUUUUCUGAGCAUCACUAUUACUUAUAAGCAAAAGUUGCUUGAUCAACUUGACAGUAUCGUGGGAUUUUAUUAGUCAACUAGCUAUGUAAUUUAGACAUACAUAAAUAUAAUUAGGCAUGUUGACUGAAUUCUAGGGAUACCGAUUUGGAUAAAAUAAUUAAUUGAAAAUUAUUGCACUUUUUUGAUCAGCACUUUGAGACGUAGUUUUUUAAAUUGGAUAUAUAUUUCAUGGGUAAAUAAUCUGUUACUCAAGAGCCUUAAGCACUUUUACUAGACUAAUAAAGUAUUUUAGAAGUGCUGCCAUAUAUCCGUAACAGAUGUUGUUAUUAAUAUUUUAAUUAAGUCUAUUAAUUGCUACAUAAUCUUAUUUUACUUUGAAACGUAAAUGUCAUGAAAAACACUAUGUUUGAUUUAUGCGGUCUUUAUUCAUGGAUUCAUUAUAAUAUAUAAUGCUACUAUACAAGUUUCAAAUAUCUUUAUCAUUUUUGAGAAAAGAAUUAUUAUUAUUUUAUUAAUAAUAUUAAUUUUUGAGCGAAUAUAAAUGGCUACAUUUAUUUCAUAUCGUGAGUUGAACAAUUAUUUAAAGAUCUAAUAUCUUCUAUUGUUGCAGCUUAUAUGAAUGUAACUUUGAAUUAAUUUGUAAAAAAAGUCUAUCAAUUGGAAGAUGAUAUUAAUGUUAAUCCGCCAACAUUUAAACAUUAAAGAAAUCUAUAAACAUAUGCAUAACAUGACCUUUAUGGGAGUUAUUAGUACAAACUAUUUUGUUGGAAGUCAUGAUAAAUCGUUUAAAAAUGCUUGCCAUGCUGAAGCAACAAUGAACCUCCUUAGUAUCCAGACAACGUUUAAUGAAUAAAAAAUGAUAAUGGUAAAUAAAUAUCUGACAAUACUGUGUGAGCAGACAAUAAUUAAUUAUAAGAAAUGUUCCAAGAAAUGGACAAUAAAACGUAGUAUAAGACUACAUUAAUGUAGAUGUAAAACAAUAAAUAUAUCAAAAAACUUAGUUAAUAAAAAUCUUGAUGAUACUGCGACGAAAAUUGCAAAAUAUUAAAAAAAUUCUAUUAAAUUGUAUAUUAAUUUUUUCGAAAAUUUAUAGAAAAAUUCAUUACAUAAAGAAGAAUAUUCCAGAUGUAUGACGCAGAAUCUCUAAGAAAAUUAUUGGUAAAUGUAAAUUUAACAUACGUAAUUUGAUAUGCAUACUAUAUUUGUAUAAAAUAAAUAGUUUGCUUCUGUGUGAAAUUAUUGAUGUUUAUAUAGCUGGUACGAAGUAUUUUAUAGUAUGGAUAUUUAUAAAUGAACAUAUUACAAUGUACAGAUUUAUAAACUAAAGAAAAAUGAAGAAAAAUAUUGUUUGUCAUAACCCAUGUGGUAUAAAAACUAUUCUAAUAAUUGUGUAAAUGAAAAACUUUGCCAUUUUGUUACGAACAUAUACACACUCAAUUAGAAAUGUAAUAGGAAAUGUAUCAAACUCCAAGAAUUAAUUUUAUUUUUAUUAAAAUUUAUUUUAUCGGACAUACUGUCAUUAAAAUCUACGCACAAAGCUUAAAUUAAUUUAGUAAGAGAAACUUGUUUAAAAGACAUAAUUGUAAAAAUAUAUUCACUCCUGUGAAGUCAAUGUUAAAUAGUUGAACGUUCAUUACCGUAAUUUUAAGCUAUAAAAUAUUUUGUAUUUGUUCGAAAAAAGAUUACAAAAAUAGGUUACUGUAGCAAAUUCUAUUAAAAUAAAAUUGUAGAAUUUGAUAGCUAUAGAUAUAAUUUUUAUAAUAAACUUCAUAUCUUAUGACAAUUUUAAACUAAAUAUUUAUCCAAGGAAAUGUUCAACUUCUAAUUUUUAAUUUAAUAAAAUCUUUCUUAUAAUUAAAUUAGAAUUUUGUUGUUUUGUACAAAUUAAGAAUGAGAGUCUUACUUUAUCUCAGAAAACGUUGGUAAUGAACAAAUAGUCGUUGAAGUACGUACGUAUUGAAAAAAUACAACUUUACAAUUGUCAUAAAAAAUGAACUAUAUUUCCUAUUACUAUACGCACCUUUUAAAUGAGUUUAGAACAACUAUUUGCCUAAUGAUGUUUGAUUAGUGAUGAAAUAUUUAUUUGCAUGUUAUGAAGUAUAGGUCAAUAAUAAAUAAAGCGGGUGAAUGGUAUUAUCUGAAAAUUAUAUUUUAUCAACAAAGAAUAUGAGAACUUUUUAUUUAUAUAAGUAUACAAUAUCUAAUAAUUGAUAUUAGUAUCACAUUAUUAAUAAUACUUUUUUAUGAGAAAAAUUAAUGUUGAAAAAUUAAUAGCAUAUAUCUGUAAAGUUAAAAAAUUAUUGAUAAAGUUUCAAUAGUUUUCCAGAAAGUUAAUAGAAGUUUUUUCUAAAGUCAAUUUUGAAGACUAUAUUUAAUUAAAGCAUAACCUAUUAAUAGUUAAUAAAAACACUAGUAACAGUGAUUUUACUACUUGAAUCUAGGCAACAUUAUGUUACGAAUACGUAUAAAUUUUUUUUUUCUGUUUAACGCACAUACUCAGGACUUUUACUUUUAUAAAGAAAAUAUUUGUUAUAAAAGUUUUCAGUUAAAUAAUACUGAAUAUAUAAAAUAAUGAAGGUUCUGCUGCUGAAUGAACAGUGAUGUUUAUAUAUGAGGUAAUUUACAAGAAAUACAACAAUUAUAUGAAAAUUUUUGGUUUUUAAAACAUUUAUUUAAAAUUUCAAACUACUUUAGGUAUACAAAAUAAUUAAAACAAAAAAUUAAUUUUUAAAAAGUAUUUCCAUUUAGUCUUAUUGUAUAUAGUGUGUCAUUUCGAACAUAUAAUAUUUAGUUAUUAUUUAAAAUAUGGAGUGUUAUUGACUACGAAUAGAGCUAUUUAGCACAAUUACAAAUGAAUAUAGAUGUACAUCUAUGAACGUUAAAAAGAAAUUUUUUAGAAACUUCAUUGCUGGAAAAAACUAUUUUAUGCAUUUUCUACAAUUUUUUUGCUCGAGGUUUUAUUUUUGAAGUUUUGAUCUACUACAAUUUCCACAUUUUUUUACAAUGACUAUGAAGUUAUAAAGUAUAAGGCAACUGAAUGUGAUUAUUUGAUCUGUGCUCAGCAUGAUGCUUAAUCGUACAAUCAAUGGUCGAUAUUAUUGAUAUACAUAUAUAGAAUGUACUUUAAUAUUACCAAACGUUAUAUAUUAAGAAUAACAUUAGACACUGUCACAUUCUAUAUACACAAUUAAAAGAUUAUGUCUGGCAUUACAUAUUCUAUUUGAAUGGAACUAGCUAUAUACUUGUUUCUAUAAUGGUUAAAGAAAGAACACAAAUCAGUUACAGGACAUACAUAAUUGAAAAAAUGUGUUUCACAUUUGCGCUAUGCGGCGUUAACAUUUAGAUAGCUGCUAGUUCUAUAAAAUAAGAUGAAAAAAUUGAAUUUAUCUUCUUAUUAACAAUAAUGUCAUUAGAAAAUUUUUAGAACCGUCAUUGGUUUCUAUUGCUAACGAAGAAUUGUUUUAUGAAAGUGAUCAAGAAUAAUGCCACUUAUGCUUUAUUCAAGUAAAUCUUCUUUAAAAUUCAUUACGAAAGGACAAAAAAAAAUCAACAGGAUUGGAAAUGAACUACUCCAAUGAUAAUUACAAAAACAUUAUGUAGCUUAGCUGUUAUUAUAUAUUUUAUUUCAAACAACAUUUAAUAAGAACAUGUUGUAUUUCUUCAAUUGAGAUAUUUUGCUUCUUUCCAAAAUAUUCGUGACAUCUUAAGAAAAGUAAGUUUUAUUUAACGUUCACAGGAUAAAAAAUUUUUUUUUAAUAAUUCCCGUAUAUAAAAAAGGAAUUGUUUUAUAAUAACUUCAUGUGUGAAAUCAAGUAAAGCCGCCAUGUCAAUUUUUAUAAAGUGCAUGUUGAUCGUUUUAUCCUGGGAAACUACAGCUAUAAUCUUAUUAUUAGACAUGAGCUCUCAAACAGCGCUUAUAUCUUGCAAGAAAAACAAUCAUACGUAGUUAUGCUAUGCUUACACUGCCUUCCUCCUUGAGAACACGUAGAUGUAGAGUAUUACAACAACUCUCUGACCACUAACGCAAAACGGAGAAAUUAAAACGUAUAUGUAUGCGCUAUUAUACGUAAAAAUGAUUAAAAAUCAGUAUUUAAUAAGUGUCAAUAUCAUAGCGUAAUAUAAAAUUUCGGAAAAUACAUACAUGUAUGAGACAUUUGAUUCUCGCAGGGCGAGAAUGUACAAAUUGGAAUAGUUGCAUUUAAUAGAGGAUAUAUAAACUAAAGGAUAUGAAAGACUUGUACACUAGAGUAAAAAAAACGUUGUCAAAAGAAAAUGUAACUUACAGUUGGACAUGUGAUGCCUGGUUAUCUUGAGUCCUGUAUCAUUGAUAAAUUUUUAUUUUAUGUACAGUGAAUAUAACGAUAACUUGCGUACAUUAUUUUUACUUUAUUUGCAUGAUUUUGAAUACAUAAUUAGUUAUAUUUAUUAACUUUUAAACUUUGCAAAGAUUAAUGAUAUAUAUAUUUUUAUUAAAGAAACCAUUACUGCAAUCAAAUAUAAGUUACUGUACAAAGUAUAAGAUACCGGCGAUUCUUAUUUUCUAAGUACAAAUUGUUUACAACAAAUGGAUUACAAAGUGAUAUAUAUUGAUAAAAAUAUAUUUAUAGAUAAUGGAUGUUGGA